CGCGGUGGGCGGGGCAUGUCGCUGGAGCGGCGGCGUGCUCCUCUCAGCAGCGCUCGGGCGUUUUUCAGACGGUGAGCGAGAUUAGCUGGCGGUGCGCGCGGACCGGUAACCGGGCUGGAAGCGGAGCGGAGGCCGUGAUUAACACGAUGAAACAGAGGAGAAGCGCGUGAGAGAGAGGCAGAGCUGCGAACACAGAGCUGAAGGAGCGGCUGGAGGAGGAGAGCAGAGCCGCAGUAGCAGUGUGAGGAGCUGUUUGUUUGAACAGUGAAGAAUACCCCGUUUGACUGUGAUGUGCAUCCAUCAAAGACACUGCGUGGCUCUCCUGAACUCCUGCUGAGCAGAAGAGGCUCUUUUGGACGCAGUGGGUGUGUGAUGUCGCGGCAUAACCACCGCUUCGAGCGGGAUUUCCGCCUGGUGUGGGAUAGGAGGGAGCGCUGUGGCGUCAGCAGCAGCUGUGUGGUGGUUAACGGCUGCGGCUCCACCGCCGUCUCCGCCACCUCCGUCCCCAGCAGCGGCAACAACCGGCCUGGCCUGCUGCCUCUUCCCGUCAUCCCCUCGCUGCUGCCCACCCCUGUCACCGGGGCAACCACCACCUCGAGCACAGAGCUGGCCUGCAAGCGCCUGGCUUCCACCUGCACCACUUCUACUGCUAAGGUCUCGGUGCAUGCAGUGGGGGAGAACCAAACCGCUGGCCCUGGCCUGGCUCCAAGCGUCAGGUGGGGACAGACACCCAUUAACCAGUCCACCCCUUGGGACACAGAUGAACCCCCAACCAAACAGAUGAGAGAGAAAGAUAACACGGGUCCACUAUGGCCUCCUACAGUGGCUACAGUCAGCCAGGCAAGUCUACUGACCCACACCUAUGGGAUGCCCCAACCUCCGGCCUACAGCCAGGGAGUGACUGUCCAGGCACCCAUUAUCGGAGCGACUCCUGCUCUUCAGCCCCCCGUUCCUCCACCUCAUCCGCUCCUGCCCACUCAUUACCAGCUCCCCCAGCCCCCCUCACAGCCUCUGGCCAGCAUGGUGCUCAACGUACAGAGCCAGCCGCUGGGCGUCAGCAGCCUGCCCCCUAUUGCCAUGUCCCCCAUGCCCGGAGUAUGCCAGGUCACCCACCCUGUCCACACAGUGCUGGGCAACGGUCACCUGGCCCACCCUAUGGUGCACUCAUCUACCACACUAGCCAGCAACAACCACCCUCUGACUAACGGACAAGCAGCCACUCAGCCCCCGCCCGCCGCAACGCCCAACGCUCAGGAGACCGCCAAUGGUCUUCAGAUGCUCCGAACUGUUGGCCUGGGGAAGUAUGAGUUCACAGACCCUUAUCAUCCAAAAGAGAUGUUGAAAGAGUUGAACCAGCAGCGGCGAGCGAAAGAAUUUACAGACCUGAAAAUUAUUGUUGAAGGCAAAGAGUUUGAAGUCCAUCAAAAUGUUCUAGCUUCCUGCAGCUUGUAUUUCAAGGACAUGGUUAAAAGGUUGGCCAGUGAAAACAGGAAUGGUGAAAAGAUGAAGAUGACGAUGAACAACAUCAGCGCUGACGUCCUGGAGCUGCUGCUGGAGUUCGUCUACACCGGUUCCCUCAUAAUAGACUCAGCCAACGCCAAAACUCUGCUGGAGGCGGCCAACAAGUUCCAGUUCAACACCUUCUGCAAAGUCUGCGUGUCUUUCCUGGAGAAACAGUUGACGGCCAGUAACUGCCUGGGGGUGCUGGCCAUGGCCGAGGCCAUGCAGUGCACGGAGCUCCACAACAUGGCCAAAGCCUUCGCCCUGCAGAACUUCCCCGAGGUGGCCAGUCAGGAGGAAAUACUUAAUAUCUCCAAAGAGGACUUCAUCAGCUACCUGUCCAACGACAGCCUCAACACUAAAGCUGAAGAGCUGGUCUAUGAGACGGUCAUCAAGUGGAUCAAGAAGGACCCCUGCAGUCGGGUAAAGCAUGUAUCAGAACUGCUGGCUGUUGUUCGCCUUCCCUUCAUCCACCCCAGCUAUCUACUGAACGUGGUGGACAACGAGGAGCUCAUCAAAUCCUCAGAGCCUUGCAGAGACCUGGUUAAUGAGGCCAAGAGGUACCACAUGUUGCCCCAUGCCCGACAAGAGAUGCAGACACCCCGAACGCGCCCGCGACUUUCUGCAGGGGUAGCAGAGGUGAUAGUGCUGGUGGGGGGGCGGCAGGUCAUUGGGAUGAACCAGCGCUCGCUGACAGCCGUCACUUGCUUCAACCCCCAGAACAACAAGUGGUACCCCCUGGCCAGCUUGCCUUUCUAUGACCGCGAGUUCUUCUCUGUCAUUUCAGCAGGGGAUAAUAUCUACCUGUCAGGUGGAAUGGAGUCAGGAGUCAUGCUGGCAGACGUGUGGUGCUACAUGUCCCUGCUGGAUAAUUGGAACCUGGUGUCUCGGAUGACAGUCCCUCGCUGCCGGCACAACAGCGUGGUGUAUGACGGCAAGCUGUACACCAUCGGAGGACUCGGCGUGGCAGGGAACCUGGAUAAUGUCGAAAGGUACGACACCAUCACAAAUCAGUGGGAGACGGUCUCCCCAUUGCCCAAGCCUGUGCACUCAGCAGCAGCCACAGUGUGCGGAGGGAAGAUCUAUGUGUUUGGAGGAGUGAAUGAGGCUGGCCGCUCAGCUGGAGUACUGCAGUCGUAUGUGCCUCAGACCAACGCCUGGAGCUUCAUAGAAUCCCCGAUGAUCGAUAACAAGUAUGCUCCUGCUGUAACGCUUAAUGGCUUUAUCUUCAUCCUGGGGGGAGCGUACGCCCGAGCCACCACCAUCUACGACCCGGAGAAGGGCAACAUCAAAGCCGGACCAAACAUGAACCACUCCAGGCAGUUCUGCAGUGCGGUGGUCCUGGAUGGGAAGAUCUAUGCUACUGGAGGCAUUGUGAGCAGUGAGGGUCCGGCGCUGGGGAACAUGGAGGCCUUUGACCCUUGUGCCAAUGCUUGGACACUGCAGCAAAGCAUGCCCUGCCCACUCUUCAGACACGGCUGUGUGGUCAUCAAGAAGUACAUUCAAAGCGGCUGACACUGGAGAACACACACACACACACACACACACACACACACACACACA